AUGUUUGCGAGCAGAUUUUUCCUCCGUACGAAGCACACGAAAAAAAAAUCAAAUAAGAAGAAAAAUUUUGUAUCAAAUCGAAUGGUAUUUAAGAAACAAGCUGCUCAGCGUUGUCGUUGAAAAUUUUCAUACUUUUCUAAUUAAAGUUGUCGUUGUCUAAAAAGUCACAUUCCUUUUUGCGAAAAUUUCGAAACUCGGAGCAAUGUACGUGGCUGUACAACAAAGAAGUGUCCCUGGAAAUAUUUCUAAAUGAUUACGUAUCCAAAUCGAAGGACACACUUGAUUUGAAUUGCAGGCUGUGGCAAACUGCGCUUCCUGGGAAACGGAGGAUGGCGGCGAUAGAGGCAGAGGCGGAGCUGCUCGAUAAGAUUUCAUCCGGCAGGGACGCGCGAAUCGAUCACGAUUCAGGCGAGCAAAUCCCCGCGAACAAGAGCGAAGAUCGGGAGAAAGUUCGCGUUCUCUCCGUAGACAAGAUCACGCUCGAAAAGAUCGUGUUGGAAGGUAGCGGCGGUUCGCGCGAGCUUCUUCUGACGAGGAACGAGAGUUUGCGGAAACUUUCGAUAAAAUCGGAGCCACUCGGUGGGAAAUCGGUGUCUCAUCAGGCGAGAUGCAACGAACCGGCAACAAACUCUGGCAAAUUUCGCGCCAACGACCACUCCUCCCCUCCGUCGAAACAAACUGCGGAAUCGUGGACGAUAGAGAAGAGAAUCAGGCCUGUUAAGUUGAUAAAGAGUGAUCCGUCAUUCUUGGAAGGAGGACUGAACAAGGUCGAGAUAGGAGAGGAGACGAGCGCGAAGGAUCGUUUGGAGAAGAGUCGGACAAAGAUCGAGGUGCUGCAGCAGAACCUGAGCGCGAGGAUCGACGCGAGCACGGCUCAGAGGUACAAGGAGGAAUUACUGGGAUCGCGAGGGAACCGUGCCGCUCGAAACUUGCCCGACGUGGAUUCGAACGUCGAGAGGCUGGCGAGCGGUAAGCUGACGUUCGACGAAGAGUUUCUGCAGAAGCACAAUCUCGACAAGAGAUUGAAGAUCGAGGAGUACGGUGUUCUCGGUCCGGGAUCGGACGCGAGUCGCGAGUCCGCUUCGACCGGGCUCCAACUCGUCGGGAGCGAAGAGGAGGAGGAGGAGGAGGAGGACCGAGCGAGAAGGAAGCUCGGCUACAGUGAGAAGGUGCUGGAAGUGGAGAAGAGGUGGUCCGGCGAGUUUCUCAAGGACCAGUUGGAUCGUCGUUCCUCGGGAUCGUCCAAGUCCUCUUACGUGGGCGAGGAAUUGGGCAGCGUUUCCUCCUGCGGAGGGGCGAGCGAGGAGGAAGACUACGAGCGAGGCGAAGGAUCGCGGGCUCUGCCGUUCGAACGACGACGGUGCCAAGAGGACGAGGCGAGGAGAACUCGCGAGGAGAUCCUCGGCGACAGCACGCUCAGCACCGUCGACUCGGACUCGUGUCUCGAGGAGAGGAUCAAGUCUUUGGAGCAGGAUAUCGAGGGAGAGAAGGAUAAUAGCGAGGGAAGACUUCGAGACAAGCAGAAUGACACCGAUGACGACGGAGCGGCAGCGGAGCAGCUCGACGGACGCAGACAGAUAGCCAGCGUAGCCAGCGAGUGUCGUGGUAAUCCGUCUUGGAGGAAUCGCGGGCAAUCGCGUCGAUCGAGAAAUUACGCGAGCAACGACAACGAGAUCUCGAGCGCGACCAGCACGGACAGCGUACGAGAGUUUGCUGCGGUUGUCGGCGAUCGGUUCGCAGCGGAUACGGACGGGUACGCGAAUCUGAUAAGAGUGUUCCAAGCGAUGGAGGCGGGUGGCGGGUCGUCUCGGGCGGGGAAACGCGCAGGGGAGGAGAAGCAGAAGAGGAAGCUGGGCCUUCGUCGUUUGCUGCCGGGUUUCUUCUCGCCGAAAGACUCGCGAAAGGAGUACAAGAAGAAGGAGCCGAAGGAGAGGAAGAGGCCCACAGACGAGAAGCACUUUGCCCGCUACCAGCAGAACGGGAACUACACCAGGUCCCCGGACACGAUGAACCUGAACGAAGACAUCAAGAGGAACGUGAAGCUGGACAACAGUCUGAACGGGUCGAUAAUCGAGGAGAGGCUGGACGAGAUCAAGCGCGAGCUGUUCCCGGAUCACUCGAACCCGGGACCGAUAACGAGCACGCCGGAUCACUUUGCCAGGGAGGAGGAUCCCCGUUGCGAGGGUCUGCUGCGCGAUCGAAGCGGAGCGCCGAGGUGUUACGCGACCGACUCGAGCCUGAGCUCGAUCGCGCCGGACGAAAGAUGGAACGAGCGGAACGCGCAGCUGGGAAUCUCGCCGGACAUUAGAAAAUUCGAGGAGAGGCAGAAGCGCGAGGAAUUCGGCAAUCAGAUACAACGGGGGAGGUACAACGAUACGGGGCAACGAUACGGCCAGCUCGAGCGAAAACACAGCCUGCAGGAGCCGCCGAGUCACGCCGAGCCGGCGGUUAGACUUCAGUCGUGCCUGUUCCAGAGGAACCACGCUCCCUCUGGCAGGAUAUCCGCUCCACCGAGCGAGAGGUACCUGGUCAGACCGAGAGCCGUUCACCCGAUGGAUCGGCCGUUGCCGGCGAUACCGCGCUCCAGGCCCGAUUACGAGAACUAUUUGGCCGAGCAGCAGGAACGACAAGACGAACGGACAGCAGCCAGGUAUGGAAGGAACGCGUACGACAAAUCUGCCGCCGCCGCCGCCGCCGCCGAGUAUCUCCUCGACCAAGUACCACCUGCCCUGUACGAGAACAGGGAGGAGGACGAUCCGUCGGGCCUGAUUUUGAAGUCGGUGUCCGCGCAGGUGAAGAUCACCAGGCAACCGAUAGUGAAUCAGAAUCAGAAUAACAGAGCUGCUGCCCUGCUAGGCAGAUCGCCCAAGUAUCUCUCCUCGGGAUCGAGUCAAAAGUCAUACGGCGACUACGGCGACUCGAGUUGCACGCCGAAUUCCAGUCAGAAGAGCGAGUUCUCACCUUCGAGCUCCAAGAGCGGCGAGUACUACGUGCACUCGCCUCGGAACAGCGGCUGCGGCGGCGGCGGCUCUCCGUCAAACGGAACAGCCGAGUUGGACGACAGCUGCGAGGAUCCGUCGACGAGACGAGAGGAGGAAGCCAUCUACGAGAACGAGAAGAUCUCGCCGUCAUCGAGAUCGGCCGUCGGACGCGCGAGCGAGAGGAUAUACGACCACCAGGCGCAACAACUCGACGGGCGAGUUUCGUCACCCACGACGCACAAGACUCGUUGCAGAGCCGAGAGAUCCUCGGCCUCGCCCGGCGAGAACCUCGCGAACGAGAAACGCGAGGACGAGGCGAAGAAGAACAACGACGAAGAUCGAGGGGAAGAAUCGAGCUGCGGUCCUGCCUCUCCCACCGAAAGUAUUAUUCACGGUAAAUCUGAAAUUUCGCCGUUCGGCUCGCGACAACGUCUGCCAGCUUCCUGCAGGAGGGCCCAGCCCAACGAGCAGAUUCUCAUAGCCUCGCCGAAGAGGGAAAAUCCUUCCGCGUCCUGCGAGACGAGGAUUCCGCGUCGUCCAUCGAACGAGUCGAGACGAUGCGCCAUGGAGUCGCCGGUUCGCAUGAGCAACGCGCCUCGCGGUUCCCUGGAUCGGCGUAGCCAGGAUUCCGGUACGAGCAAAGUCGCCGUCGCCACCGCCGCCGCGAGUAGAGAGGCUCGAGACAGUUUCAACGCUGAGUAUCCCCCCGUCCCUUCUUCUCGUUGCGUGGAAGUUCGAUCACCGCGGCAACCGACGGGACGGCAAGAACUACCUCGACCGGAAGCGAUGCAGUACGUCCAGAGAGUCUGCGAACCGACCGCGAGCACGUACGGAGCACACGUGCAGCAACGGGGAACGUACAAUGGCCCAACGGCGAUCGCCGGGCCAUUGUCGCCCUCGAAGCAGCAGACCAGGCAACAUCUGGAGGCGUUCUACUGGCAGCAAAAGGCGCUGGAGGCGCGCAGAAAGUCCCUGGCUCCGACCCCGGCAACGAACGCCGGCCCCAGCCAGGUGGCACGGAAGAUUGACUUACCCGAGGUCAGGGAAGCGAUGUACUGGCAGCAGCUGAAAAAGCUCGACGAGGAGCAACAGAGGCGUAUCUACGAGCAAAACGCGACAGAGGAGCAGCAGCAGCAGCAGCAGCAGCAGCAGCAGCAGCAGCAGCAGCAGCCUUCCCAUUGCAGGAAGAACGUCGCGAACCUCGGGCAAACGUUGCUUCAAAGUUCAAUCCCUUCGAGGCUCGCCCACGCAGAUCCAGGAGUCGGCUCGUGGAUCGCUGGCAACCCCGUUGUCGGUCAGCAACAACCUCGUCGUUGCCCGACAAAGUCGAACCCCGCGGGAAAACCGCCGCUGAUGCAGAGCCAAAAGGGCCAGAAUCAGCCGGUGUUGAUCGUCCGACCUCAACAGGCGAUUCGCGAGCGUCGUGACUUGGCCGCCCCGUGCUCCUCGAAACCCCGGCUCGAACCAUCUGUCGUUCGACAAGAGGAGGCUCAGCGAAGCAAGAGCGCCUCCCCGCAUUUCCGUCGUGGUGAGCUUGCCCCGCAAAGGCAAGCCGCACUUGCGACGAGAAAGUGCGACGUUUCCUCGGCCUACGAGGAGGAGGCGAACAACGACGUUGACGGAAAGACGUCGUCGCCGUCGCCGUCGCCGUUGAUGGCUGCUCCGCCUCCGCCGAUCUUCAAGAGGGGCAGCCUGAUCGGCGGAGAGCAGCCUGCCGCCGUGCAGCAGGAGUACGCGAGCGCCGGUGGCGCGAAGAGGGUCAGCUUCUCGAAUCAGUCGGCCGUCGCUGGCCAGGAGCUGAUCAGCGGCAAUUGGCCGACGAAGCACGGCACCGCGCCGGAACCACCGACCAGGCGGCACAGGAGCGAGGACAGCGUUUCCGACACGGACUCGGUGUUUUCUCACCAAGAGCGGAGUUGUCACGCGAUUCACGCGGAGAAUGGUACGGAGUACGACGCCGACAGGCCUUUGCCGCCUUUGCCCAAGGACGUUGCGGCCAUUAACGAACCGACGAGCAGACUGGCCUACGGCGAGGUUCGUUGGAACGAUCCUGGAAGGGCCGUUGGUCCGCAGCUGACGAUUCGACGGAACGGUGAGUGCCUUUUUUUCUCUUUUUAACGUAGCAUACAAGGUAAGAGUUCAAUCGCGAUCCAGACCGAGAACGACCAUUUCGUCAACUAUUUCGUCAGCGUGCGUAUUAUUUAUAUACCUGUUCGUUAUGUACCUCCAUUGAAAAAAAAUUUAACAGUAAAGUGUGGUACAACUCGAAAUUCGUAAUCCUACGUCACGUUUCUCGCAUUCGUAAUGCUGCAUUACGUUUUCUACGCGCUACGCGUUUGCGUCUUUUCCCUUGGUUAAUUUAUUACCACACUUUUCAGUUUGAGGUAACGUUAAAUGUAAAGAAUCACGUUCGAAUAAUACACGAAGAUGUAAUUCGCGUACUUACAACGAUCCAACGCGCGGUUUCCCGAGCGCCAUCUAAGCAGACAUCUUCAGUUUGAUUCGGGCAACGUGAAGUAAGCCGCCCCAUAGGCGUCUCUCGUUUGCAGGGGAUCGAAGUAAGUGAGUUAGGCGCCCAUGGGCGCCGACAGUAGCCAAAGGAUCAACGAUUCUUCUCAAUGUCGUGUGAGAACAAGCAGAGUUCGUAGUCUCGGUCUUUUCACCUGGUGGCGAGCCGAGCAAUUCGUCGUUAGAAGCAGAGCGGUUUACAUCGUAAUGCGAUUUCUUAGCUUUCCAGUUUCUCGACGUUUCCGCGCGUCAAAGCGCGACCGCGUUUUUCGGCCAGGUGGAAAUUUUAUCCGGGCAAGGUGGAAAACCGCGUAUGACCGUGCAUUUCAAUGAACCUCUCGAGGCAAACCGAGAGAGAAGCGUCGCCCGGCACGUUCUCUUUUACACGGCGGACAAAUCCUCGCUACUCUGCUCCUCUGCACGCUUCUCGCUCGGUCUUUUCCUCCGCGUAGAGAAACGAAAAGUACAUAUAUACAGAUGAUGAUACAUCUUGCGACUGAAGUGAAAAUUUCACUAGCCUGAAAGUCUCUGUUCGAGCCUGCAGUUGUUGAGGAUUGUUUGUCGGUGGAUUUUUGGUUCUAUCUGUUGUCGAUAGCCGCUCGCGUGCAUCAGUCGAUCAAACAGGGACAGAAACUGAGGGAAAGUCAGACAGAGUAGUAUGCGCUGUUUUUUUCUUUUUUUCUUCUUUAAAGUUCAUUGUAAAAUUUAA